AGAAGAGCCGGUUCGCGUGACUGCCCAUUGUUGUGCACCCUUGCCGAGCGGUUUCACUUCAUCCCAUCCCCCUGCGCGCCUCGCCAUGGCUCCUCUGCCUAGUGUUGCACAGAAACCGAGUGCCUGCAGUGCACUGCAUAUAUUCCCUCAUUUCCCUAAAGCAGCAGGUUGUAGCAGCAAAAACCCCACAAAUUUCCACAAGAAUUCGAACGCGAGAAGUCGAGUGCGUCUCGGUUGCUUGGACACCAUUACUCCGUCCGGUCCAUGGGGGAAAGACAAUAGCGGUGUCAGUUGGAGGGGAUCAGUCGUCGCGACCAGAAGAAAUCGGAUCGGGUUCCAGAGGAGCCAGAUAAACAGAUUCCAAGGAGUUGGUCGCGCUUUACCUGCCAAGGGGGCUUCCAGGCAAUUCGGUCGGACGAACCGUCGCGAGGAUGACUUUAACGAAUGGAAUGCUGACGAUGCAUAUGACACAGAGGCGAUCGACGUGGAGGCGAGGGAGGGCUGGGGGUUGGAGGAGGAGCGACUGCUCCAGCGACUGGUGGAGAGGCUGGAGGGCACUCCCCUGUCCGCCUCCCCGCGCCACGUGUCCAGGGCAGUGCGCAGCGCAGGGGUGCGUCUCUCCCCCCGCCGUGUGGCGCUGGCAGCGCGGCUGCUCGCCAGCAAAGGCAGCUGGCGGAGGGCGCUGCUGCUCGUGCACUGGGCUGCUCGCCGCGACCAAUCACGCGUCGACAGGAAGGUGCUCACCUCGCUCAUCGCUGCUCUGGGCUGGCGCUACCCCGAUGCUGUGCUGCAAGUGAUGAGAAUGAUGAUGUCGCAGCCAGCCACGUGGCCUGACCUCCCAGCCUAUAGGGCUGCAGCAGUGGCGUUGGGAAGGGCGGGAUAUCUGCAGGAGCUGCUGCAGAUGAUGCAGGAGCUCAGGGAGGGGCCCGCUCGCACCAAUCGCGCAGAACCACUUGAAACUGUUGGCAGCGGCGGAGAUGGGGAUGAUGGUGAUGGUAACAGCAGGGCUGCGAAUGGCCCUAGUGACAGGCCUCGUAACCAAGGCAGCAGCAGCAACAGCAGGAGCAGCUGGCUGGCUCCAGAUGUGGUGGUCUACAACGCACUGCUGAACGCAUGUGGAGCCAAGCGGCAGUGGAAGGGAGUGCAGUGGGCGCUGCAGCAGAUGAGGCAUGAGGGGGUGACGCCUGACUCUGCCACCUUCGGCCUUGCCAUCCAAGCCAUGUCCCUCUGCAGCCAGACACACUAUGCGCUCCAGCUGUUGGCGGAUAUGGAGGCUGCUGGCUUCUCCCCCACCACUCGCACCUACCGAG